AGCCCAUGUGUUGGUCCUGUGGCGCUCUUUACUCUGACUGCCGUCCAGUUUAGAGCCACCUCCUCUGCCCUCCUCUCUGCUCUCUCUAACUUUGACUUCACCACCUCCUCCACACCACACUGCCAGCAUGAGCUACUUUAGAUCCGGUCCUUCCAGCAUGUCCGUGCGUGCCACCCCGUCCUACGGCGCGGCCAGCAUCUACGGGGGCGCGGGCGGGUACGGCGCCCGCAUCUCUUCCUCGUCCUCCUCCAGCCUGCGCUCCAUGCCCCCCGGCGGCGGUGGCGGCAUCAAGGCCUCCUCGGCCUUCACCCAGCGCAGCUCGAUGGGAGGUGGGGGAGCGGGAGCGGCGGCGUCCUUCCAGGCUGGAGGCAUGGGCAUGGGCGGGGGGCACACCAUGGGCAACGAGAAGGGGCAGAUGCAGAACCUGAACGAGCGCCUGGCGUCCUACCUGGACAAGGUGAGGAGCCUGGAGGAGGCCAACGCCAAGUUGGAGGCCCAGAUCAGAGAGGCGCUGGAGAGGAGCGGGCCCGAGAUGAGGGACUACAGCAAGUACAACGCCAUCCUGGACGACCUCAGGAAACAGGUUUUUGACAUGACUCUGGAUAAUUCUCGGCUGGUGCUGCAGAUUGACAAUGCCAGACUCGCUGCAGACGACUUCAGAGUCAAGUUUGAGUCAGAGCUGGGCAUCCGCCAGUCUGUGGAGGGAGACAUCGCCGGCCUGAAGAGGGUGAUCGACGACACCAACAUGGGCCGCAUGAACAUCGAGAGCGAGAUCGAGUCCGUGAGGGAGGAGUUGGCCUUCCUUCAGAAGAACCACGACAACGAAGUGUCUGACCUGAUGCGUCAGAUCUCGCACUCGGGGGUGCAGGUGGACGUAGACGCGCCCAAGGGCCAGGACCUCUCGCAGGUCAUGGAGGACAUACGGGCCAACUACGAGAAGAUGGCCGUCAAGAACGCAGAGGAUCUCAAGAUGUGGCACGAGAACCAGAUGUCGGAGGUGCAGGUGCAGGUGUCCCAGAACACAGAGGCGCUACAGGGAGCCCAGGUGGAGAAGAACGACCUGAGAAGACAAAUACAGACACUGGAGAUAGAACUGGCAUCGCAACAGAGCCUGAAAGCGUCGCUCGACGACACGCUGCGCAACACGGAGCUGCGCACCAACAUGGAGAUGGAGAAGUACAACGACAUCAUCCGGCAGCUGGAGGCGGAGCUAACCAACCUGAGGAUGAAGGUCACGCAGCAGGGCCAGGAGUAUGACGCGCUUCUCAACAUGAAGCUCAGGCUGGAGGCUGAGAUCAGCACAUAUCGCCGCCUGCUGGAGGGAGAGAGCACCGCACCCUAUCAGCCAUCGCACCCCUCUCAGCCUCAGCAGCCUCCCAGCCAGCCUAAACAGCCCAAGACCAAGUUCAAUUUAAAUGAUGCCCUGGAGGAACUGAAGGAUGGACUGGUGGAGGAGGACUGAACACCCCCCCUCCCCCCCAAACCCCACCCCACCCCAUAAACACACAGAAGAUACCACACCACUGCAUCAGAGGUCCUGUGAAAGACUGUGAAGAGCCAAAUUUGACUUUUUUUUUUUUUUUUAAACGCACGAAACAGAUGCAUUUUAUUGUGGUGGUGACCCAUUAAAAUUCAUGUUCAAUUCAUUUGGCUACAAGUUGACAA